AUGGAAACCAACAUCAGACGAAGCAAAGAUGAUGGUGAACCAGUCCAAGAUGCAACAUCAUAUCGUCGUCUCAUCGGCAAGCUAAUCUACCUCACCAUUACAAGAUCGAAUAUUAGCUAUGUUGUCAACCGCUUAAGUCAGUUUCUCACUGAUCCUCGUACACCUCACUUACAAGCUUCCCACCAAAUCCCACAGUAUCUAAAAUCUAUAACAAGCCAAUGUCUUUUCUUCUUCUCAAAUUGUAUUCAAACAGAUCCAACAAAGUCUCUUCCUCUUAAGGUUUUUACAGAUGUCGAUUGGGGUAGUUUUCUCAACACACGAAGAUCCAUAACCGGAUGUUGUGUCUUCCUUGGAAACUCACUCAUCUCAUAG